AAAUCAUAACUAACCCCAUUUUUUUUUUGCUUUCUAUUUUUUUUUUUUUUUGCGUUUUAUUUUAUUUGGCUUUACACAUAUUAAUUCAUGGUGUUUAUGUAUGGUUAUAGGUUACGGAUGCAACGUCGUUAAACAAUUCCAGGACAAUUAAAUUGCUGAUUCAAUCGAACAUAUGGUAUGAACAUGGUUCGUUUCACGGGGUGUUUCGGUGUCUUGCCUUGAAUCAAGGCGUGUAAAAACGUUAUGUGUGAUCCUUAUACACCAGCUGGUGUUCCAAUUCCAACCAACAAGAGGCACAACGCUGCUAAAAUUUUCAGACACCCAUCGUUGCCUCCGAGGAGCCUUGACAAUGGUGGAUGAAUUGCAGCCGGAUAUAGCAGCACCAGGAGUGGAGAUCCUUGCUGCAUUUUCACCUGAUGGGGUGGCUGCGUAUGUCAAGACGUUUCACCCUAAAUGGUCUCCUUCCAUGAUUCAAUCUGCCAUCAUGACAACUGCUUGGCCCGUAAAAGCUAAUGGACGUGGCAUCGCAUCGACCGAGUUUGCUUAUGGAGCUGGGCAUGUCAACCCGAUAGCCGCUUUAAAUCCUGGACUUGUCUAUGAAUUGGACAAAGCAGACCACAUCGCCUUUCUCUGUGGCAUGAACUACACUUCAAAGACCCUUAGAAUCAUCUCGGGUGAUACUGUCAAGUGCUCCAAAAAAAACAAAAUCUUGCCCAGAAACCUUAACUAUCCUUCAAUGUCAGCCAAAUUGUCAGGAACCGAUAGCACCUUCACUGUGACUUUCAACAGAACGUUGACCAACGUCGGCACGCCAAACUCUACAUACAAAUCAAAGGUAAUCGCAGGUCACGGAUCUAAGCUUAGCAUCAAGGUCACGCCUAGUGUUCUAUAUUUUAAGAGAGUGAACGAGAAGCAAUCUUUUAGAAUCACUGUUACAGGCAGAGACGUCGACUCAGAAGUCCCUUCGUCUGCAAAUCUAAUUUGGUCUGACGGUACCCAUAACGUGAGAAGUCCCAUUGUUGUUUACAUAAUGGUUGUUGAUGAGGAAUGAGCACCAUCGUCAUCUCAAAUAAAUCUUCAUUGUCGUUGUAACGUUGCCUCAUUUUAUGUUUUUGUAAUUUUAUUGCUCUAUGAUGUUUCAGCUUCUUAUCUAUGUGUGCUUGUGCAUCUUUUUGCACAAACUGAAUGUCAGGACCUAUUAAGGUGCUCUGUUUGACUGCAGAGUGAAAAGAAUAAAUGGGCCUUGUCUGU